AUGCCUUCAGAUGGCCUCUCCGCUCCCGGCGCCGACGACAUAGGCCUGCCCGACUGGCUGUUCGGUCAGAGAAAGUCCGCUCCUGGCUCCCCGUCGUCGUUGUUCGACCAUGGCGAGCCAGUGACAUUCCUCCAGGGGACUUUUUUCGGGGCCUUUGCCGCAGCACAUCCCACCCCUGGACCCGCUCCCAAGAACGACGAGGACAACCACGGCCCGUCCGAGGGAGACCACAACUCCCUUUUUAGCGAGGGCAGCAAGGCUCCGGUCGAGCCGCCAAGGGAGCAGGAGGGCGCCAGCCCUCUCGCCCCCUUGCUCGACCAGGAGCUCGUCCCCGGACUUCAACCCCCGUCGCUGCCGUCCUCGCUGCCCCCGGCAGCGGAGCUUGUCACCGCUCAGCCUCCCGCUGAUGGCACCGUGGCGGUCGAAGCCGGUAGCCAAGUCGCGUCUGCCACAGCCGGCAAGAAGGAAGAAGCCAAGCCCGCCGGCUUCACCAUGAUCGGCGGGCUCAGCUUCCCUGUAUUGCCCCUGUCGGUGCCAGCCGCAACCGCGCCAUCCGUCCCUCGAACAGAUGCUGUAACAGCGGCUGUUUCCACGCCAACCCCCAGGGAGGUGGGAGACGGCACCACCAUCUCCCCAUUUCAACCCCCGCUGCCGCUAGCACACAGCAGGCACGACAGCAGGCCGCCAGUCCCGGGCUCUACAUCUCCAAUCGCCAACGGAGUCCCCGUCCCGCUGCCGACUCUGCACAACUCCGUCCCAGGAGUCGGCGGUCAACAUCCCGAGGAGGCCUCCGAUUCGACUGGCAACCACAACGCCAACGUACCUGCUGGUGCCGGUGCUGCUGCCCAUCAGUGUGCUGCUCUCCCCUCACAGUCGCAACCCCAAUCAAUCUUGGACAUUGCAACGGAGGAACAGCGGAGUGCUGCUCGGGCCGGUACGGCCAUGCAUGACGGUGACGCUCGCUCCCCCGCUUCUUAUCUGCCCCAGAUCCAUGCUGCCGCAAGCACCGCGUCUUCUCGGGCUCAAGGGUCACCACAGGGCGGAGGGUUGUCUCGCGGUGGGGGGUGCGCUAAUCGACGUCGUAUUGGUGGUGGGAGUAACACGACUGCCCCCGCCGCCGCCCGCAGGUCUGCUCCUCGUUCCCAACCGCCCGCUACCACCCCGGUGGUUGCCGCACCUGCUCCGAGCCGCCCAAGCCAGCAACGGGGCACAGGCCACACAGCAGCCCAGAAUGCCGUGAACCAGCCCGAUUUCCACUCCCAGCCAGCUCCCGCCUACUUCCCUUGCGAGGCGCAGGCUCACCGGUUUACGUUUGCGGCGCUCGCUGGUACGGCCAACGCCGUCAACGCUGCCCCUGCAGACCCCCGGCCGCUGGCAGGUUUCCCGUGGCCGCUACCCCGGGCUGCGCACGCUCACCUCGAUCAUGGGUUGGAUCUUGCGACCCAGCCAUUGUUUCCGGCCGAUGCUCGAGUCCGAAGGAUGGUAGCUGACGUUGCUGCUGCCUACCCGUACGAUCUAAAUCUCAAUUGGGCGCUUGCGUGGCCCGUGCAAUGGACAGCGUCUGGGCAGUCGGUUGCGGGCUACGCUCCUGCGGAUGGAAACGCCGGCGGUGUGGGUGCGGCUCGUCGUCCUGCUGCGCAGCCUCAGUCGCAGGGUGCUGGGUAUGCGCCGAAUGUGACUCUGGCUCAGGGGUUUGGUGCCCGGGACGGUUUGUACGUGAAUCCGACUGCGCUGCAUCCUUCGCGUCCUGUCCAGGUCCAGUGUGUGUCCCAGGGCGGUGUCUUGAUGGCGCAGGGCGGUAUGGCUCGCGGUGGUAUGGCUGCUCUGAGCGGUAUGACGACGUCGGCAGGUAUGGCUACUCCAAGCAGCAGACUAGGCGGCACGGAUCCGGGCGGCAUGGCAAACGGUGGUAUGGGAUUGAGCGGCAGGACUGAGGGCAGCAUGGCUCACCCGGCCAUCGAUCCGCGACGUCGGGGGCUAAAUCAACAUGCUCAACGACCCGUUCAGGCCGCGUACGUUCAACAUCAGGCUCAGUUCACCGCCCAGCAGGCUCCGGUCCGCCACCAGACUCCUGGUGUUCUGGGCAUGAUGCAGCAGCCCCUUGCACAGACGACGGCCAGCGCCAUGGCUAUGAUGCGACCUCGUCACCAAGCUCAGGCGGACACGGGGUUGACUAUGGGCGCCAAUGCCACUUCGUUGUACCCCGCUGGCAUGGGCGUCAUGAGGCCCCAUGACAUGGAUCCUGGCCAUGGUAUGAUGGGCGGCGAUGUUUUGCAGGGCGGCUUUGGCCAGGGCGGUAUGGCACUCGGCGACCUAGCGCAGGGCGGCGGCAUGGCUCCUCCAGGCAUGGCUCAAGGCAGCAUGACACAGACCAGUCUGGCUCCAGGGGGCAUGGCAAGUGGCAGGAUGACUCCGAGCGGAAUGACAAGCGUCGGCACGGGAAGCGGUGGCAUGGCACAAAGCGCUAUGACAUUGGGCGGUAUCGCGCGACAGGGCAGCAUGGCUCAAGGCGGAUUCGUCCAGGGAGGCAUCCAACGUGGCAUGAUUUAUCGUCGACGUCUCGCGCAACGUGACAUACUGCAGGGCGGUAUCCCCCAAAGAGGCACUCAGCCGGGUAUGGCUCUGACCGGUAUUCCCCAAGGUGGUAUGCCGCAGGGUGGAAUGGCACAGAGCAGAAUGACGCUAGGUACUGGUCCCUGGCCCAGCAUGGCGGUGCCUGGUGGCCCUCGCGGUCCUGCCCAGUGUGCUGCGCACCCGCUACAUGCCUCGCCCGUCGCUUUUGACUCAGCCGCUGCUGCAGGAAGCUUUCUGCAGCCUGGAUUUCUUCCUCCUUCGGCAGCGCGGGACUCGGUUGCUACGCGUGCCGUAGUCCGCGGCGGGCCGGGUCAUGCCGGUUUUGCGAGCCACUCUGUCGAGUCCGCUGCUGCUGGGGGCUUUGUGCCUUUCGCCCCUUUCACGGGCCAGGAGCGCGUCCCCGAAUUUCAACCCUCGCCGCCGCCGCCAUCGCCGCCGACGUUGGCUUUCAGUGCCCCUGCUCAAACUCCGAUACGCCGCCGGCACCACGACGGCCAGGUGGCCGUGGAGCCGCCAGCUCAGCGCCGGCGAGAAGGUUGA